GCUUGCCACGACCGCCGGAGUCGCGUUUUUCACACAGCCAACGUAGGUUCACGAUGGCGUCUAAGCGAAUCACCAAGGAGCUGCAGGAUCUCCAGAAGGAUCCCCCCACCUCUUGCAGCGCGGGUCCGAGGGCGGACGAUGACAUCUUCCACUGGGACGCCACCAUCAUCGGGCCCGCUGACUCGCCCUACCAGGGCGGCCUCUUCUUCGUGGCCAUCCACUUCCCCCCCGACUACCCGUUCAAGCCCCCCAAGGUGAACUUCAAGACGAAGGUGUACCACCCCAACGUCAAUAGCCAGGGCAGCAUCUGCCUGGACAUCCUCAAGGAGCAGUGGUCGCCCGCGCUCACCAUCUCCAAGGUGCUCCUGUCCAUCUGCUCGCUCCUCACCGAUCCCAACCCCGACGACCCGCUCGUCCCGGAGAUUGCGCAAAUCUACAAGACGGAUCCCAACAGAUACGCCGAGCUGGCAAAGGAGUGGACGCGCAAGUACGCCAUGUGAUUGACGAGUGAUGGAUUGAUUGACUCUCGGAUCGCGUCGGGUUUCGCGUUCGGCCGCGGGAAAUUCGCGACGAGGGAGGUUGGUGGUGACGGAUGUACGGACGGGCGUACGGACAGGCUGGCGGACGGACGACGCGCAGACCCGAGCGGCGGGAGGAGGAGGGCGGAUCGAAAGUGACGGCGGGGCGAGGUCGGCAUAUUCGCUUUUCUUUUUUUUCCUCAUUCUCGUCGCAUCCUUGCGGAGUGGAUGCUCGAUGCUCGGGGUCGUCGCGCGGCGACGACCGCGGGGACCGGCCGGGGUUUAGGGUUUGCGGCGGGAGGGGCGAUGCACCGGCGGGCCGUGCGAGACGAGGACGGGGCGUCGAGCGACGCGGCUGCGAAGCAUAGCACGUAGACGGAGCUUUGUGAGUGACUGGAGAGCUUCAUC